AUGUCGACUUCGUUGCCUUCUGAGAUCCUCAUCAUUGGAGGUGGUGUUAUGGGGCUAAGCACAGCCUGCGCCCUUGUCCAGCGUCCUCACUAUGCCAACUCUUCCAUCACCCUCCUAGAUGCUGCCGCGGAGGUGCUAAAUGGGCAAGGCGCGUCGGUGGACACUAGUCGUAUUCUGCGCGCCGACUAUGCAAUCAAGUCGUACACUCGGCUUGUCUCAGAAGCUCGGGAAAAAUGGCAGGACGUGUCGCCGAAUGGGUGGGGUGGCCAAGGAAGAUACCACGAGGCCAAACUCAUCCUGACCGCACAGCCUGGGACUGAAGGGCAUGUGGACGGGUAUCUGGAGGAAAGUCUGGAGAACUUGAAAGAGCUUGCACGAUCUGGGCAAUACUCCUUCAAGCUGCAGGACCUCAAAGAGCUUCCCGACCGAGAUGCGGUUGCCAGAGAAACCCUUGCUCCCGGGUCAAGUGGAGAUUUUGGUUAUGUCAAUAAUCAGUGCGGCUGGGUCAACGCUGAGGCCUGCGUCAAAUACGCGCUGGAGAAGGCUCAGUACCUGGGAGGAGAUCGGGUCAAAGUUCGAACAAAUGCCCGAGUGAAGAGACUUCUUUACCAGACAAAGGCCAAACAUCUGGGUGGCGGUAUUCAUUGCACCGGCGUGGAGCUGCUGGAUGGUUCUCGCAUGUAUGCAGACCUGGUGAUUGUCGCAGCGGGCGCGUGGACCCCUUCGCUGGUCGAUGUCGAAGGGCGUGCCGCUGCUACAGGCCAGGUUCUAGCAUAUAUGCCCAUUAGCUCCUCCGAGCAAAAAGCCCUGGAUGAGAGUCCGAUCUACUUUAAUGUCAGCCGAGGGAUGUUCAUGCUUCCUCCCCAUGAUAAUGAAAUGAAAAUGGGCCGCCAUGGAUACGGAUAUCAGAACCCAACAAAGAUGAUGAUUCCACGACCCACGCUAGAUGCGCCGAAUGCAUCGACCGAAACCACCGUGAGCGUCCCGCGCACUGAUCUGCCAAUCCCCGCGGAAGCAGAGAAGGCUUGCAAAGACUUCCUCGUCGAGAUGUUCCCGAGCUGGAAGGGUCGUAGCUUCUCCAAGACGCGAGUGUGCUGGUACUGCGACACACCGACUGGGGACUUCCUAAUCGACUAUCUCCCUCAUGCAAGUGGCCUCUUCGUCGCAACCGGGGAUAGUGGCCAUGGGUUCAAGGUUUUCCCAAUCAUCGGAGAGAAGAUUGCAGAUGCCAUUGAAGGACAUCUUGAUUCGGAGUUGCAAGAUCUGUGGCGAUGGAAGCCCAAUGCUCCAAGUACUUUUCAGGGGACGGACGAUGGAACACGCGGUGGCAGACGUGGGAUGAUUUUGGAACAAGAGCGGCGAGAUACCGGUCGCGUCACGGGGCGCCUUUAG